GAGAGAGAGAGAGGCUUUUGCUCAUCGGAGGGGAGAGACAGGGAGGAAGAGAGCGAAGGUUUUUUGUUUCCGCUGUUGGCGCUGCAACGCCGCCCCCUUCAUCCGCAAACCGAGGUGCGCAUCUCUGUGAAUGCUCGAACGAUUUGCUCCCCGAUCCUCAUCUUCCUACCGUCUUCUCGAUCCUUUAGGGUUUCUUUAGCUCCGCUGGAGAUUGACGCUGCUCGCUUCUUUUUCCUUCGCCUUCGCAAGCGUUUCCUGAACAAGGGUUUCUUAUUUGGUUGAUGAGCUAUCGGUCGUGCAAAGACUGAAUAUUUUUUCUGUUUUAUGCGGAUAAUUUUAGUAAGGGGAGGUGCUUCCAAAGGCCAGAGUUCGUCUCUGACACAACUGGAUCUUUGCUUCCCUGUUCUUUCCAAUAAGGUUCCUCUCAAGAAUAAUGGAUUCUCUUGAGCCUUGUGUAGACUUUACGUCUUGAGGCAACCAGCCCGACGGUUAGUUGGUAAUCAUUUUUAGGGCGUUCAUCAUCUACUUGGUAGCAACGGAACUGGGGUUUUGUUCAGGUUUUUAGACGAAAGCUGAAUGAAAGUGGUGUCGUUGGUCAUGCUGCAAGGGCAUUCAGUCUGAGGCAUUAUCAGUCAGACAUUAUAGAAAAAAGGGCUUCUUGGUGGAUGCACAUAGCUUGUUAUGGGGUCAAUUUCUUAGAGCGAAUUCAGGAACUAGGAAGGGGAGUAACAUGAAUUCUACGAUCGAUGAGAUUACCCUCCUUCACCAGGCACAGGCCAGGGCCCCGAGUCAUCAUAUGGUCAUGAGAGGGAUCGGAGAAGAAAUCGACUUGGAGAUUGGGCCUGGGGACGAUGACCCUUCCUUUUCCAGCACCACCCUUGUUGGGGUGACCACACAUGAACCUGUUGCUCCGGAGGAGCAAGAAGACCACAAGCAGCUUCUUUUGUCCUCUCAGGCUCCCGGUGAAGGUCAGCCACAGCUAGUGAAGGCACCGCAAGGAAAGCGAAAGAAGAAGGUAGUAAAGAAGUGGAGGGAGGAAUGGGCAGAUACCUACAAGUGGGCUUAUGUAGAUGUGCAUGAGGGCACACCAAGGGUUUUCUGCUCGAUUUGUAGAGAGUAUGGUAGGAAGCAUAGGAGGAACCCAUAUGGAAAUGAGGGUAGUAGAAAUAUGCAGAUGAGUGCAUUGGAAGAACAUAACAACAGCUUGCUACACAAGGAAGCUCUUCGCCUACAGAUGGCAUCCAAGGACAAGGGUGUACCUGUUAUCGAAAGACCUGUUUAUGUUAAAGCAUUAAUGUCGAAAUCUGCUAGUUCGAUUCUUGAGUCGGUUUUGAGAAGGGAUCCUCACGAAGUCGAGUUUAUACAGUGUGUACAAGAGGUUGUUCAUUCUUUGGAACCUGUGUUGGUGAAAAACACUCAGUAUAUCCAUAUCCUGGAACGCUUAUUGGAACCCGAGCGAGCAAUUAUCUUUCGGGUGCCUUGGGUCGAUGACAGGGGAGAGACCCAUGUUAACCGAGGCUUUCGAGUGCAGUUUAGCCAGGCACUGGGUCCAUGUAGGGGCGGUCUUCGUUUUCAUCCAUUGAUGACCUUAAGUAUUGCAAAAUUUCUAGGUUUUGAACAGGCCUUAAAGAAUGCUUUAUCACCAUAUAAGCUUGGAGGUGCUGGAGGAGGAAGUGACUUUGAUCCAAAGGGGAAAAGUGAGGCUGAGAUCAUGCGAUUUUGUCAAAGCUUUAUGGAUGAGCUACAUAAAUAUUUGGGUCCUGAUCAGGAUCUUCCUGCAGAAGAUCUGGGUGUUGGUCCAAGGGAAAUGGGUUACCUCUUUGGGCAAUAUAAACGUCUUACUGGUCAUUUCCAGGGAAGUUUUACAGGACCAAAGAUAUUCUGGUCCGGUUAUAGUCUUCGUACUGAAGCUACUGGCUAUGGACUGGUUUUCUUUGCACGGCUUAUUCUUGCGGAGAUGAAUAAAGAACUCAAAGGACUAAGAUGCAUUGUCAGUGGUGCUGGGAAGCUAGCAAUGCAUGUCUUGGAGAAGCUUCUUUCAUGUGGUGCUAUCCCUAUUACUAUUUCAGAUUCCAAGGGCUAUUUACUCGACGAAGAUGGAUUUGAUUACGUGAAAAUUUCACUUCUUCGGGACAUUAAGGUUCAACAAAGAAGUCUGAGAGACUAUGUGAAAUCAAAUCCAAGGGCUAAGUACUUCGAAGAUGCGAAACCUUGGAGUGAACAAUGUGAUAUUGCCUUCCCUUGUGCUUCUCAGAAUGAAAUAGAUCAACCUGAUGCCAUUGCUUUAGUUAAUUCUGGCUGCCGUUUACUUAUAGAAGGUUCAAAUAUGCCCUGUACUUCUCAAGCAAUUGACAUUUUAAGAAAAUCUAAAGUGUUGGUUGCUCCGGCAAAGGCUGCUAGUGCUGGAGGGGUGGCAGUUGGGGAACUUGAACUUAGCAAUGAGUGCAACUUAAUGCAAUGGUCAGCUGAGGACUUUGAGGCCAAGUUACAGGAUAUGAUGAAGCAGACAUAUGAGAGGUCACUGAAAACCGCAAGCGAAUAUGGUUAUCUGAAAGAUAAUCCAGAGGCCUUGGUGCAUGGCGGAAACAUCUGUGCGUUCCUUAAUCUUGCUCAUGCAAUGAUCGAUCAAGGAUGUGUGUGAAUCAAGAUCGAUGUAGCCUCAUGUACAACAUGUAAAACAUUCAUCCUGCACAGGACAAUUCCUGUGGCAGUGCACAUCUCAUGGACGCAUAUUUCCUGUUCUACCUUAGAUCAGACAUUGCAAGUAGCGGCUUAGCAAGCUCGUGUUGUGAAAUAGACAUUAAUGGGAACUCCAUGAGAGGUUCGUCGAGCCAUGCCAUCGCGCCAUUGCAGUUGGUCAAAUGUCCAAAGCCAAUGUGCUUGCUCACUGUAAUGAAAUGUUUUGUUCUCGACUACCUUACAAUGCUCUUAAGAUCUAAAAUGUCAUGUCCUUAAUUCUUCAGUGUUCA